AUGGCCUCCCCAAUCCCGCGCAGCAUUCGCCAGGUCCUCCAGAAAUCGCCUUCAGAUAUUGUUAUCCUCUCAUCCCUCCGCACUCCUGUCACUCGAGCAAAGAAGGGCGGCUUCAAGGAUGCUUACCCGGAAGAGCUCCUUGCCAAUGUUCUGCGAGCGACGCUGGAAGCCAACCCGAACCUCGACCCCGCUUUGAUCGAGGACGUUUGUAUCGGUUCCGUUCUCCAAGAGCUUGGUGGCGCAAAAGCAGGCCGCAUGGCUCAGAUCCACGCCGGCUUCCCUCACACCGUACCGUUCCACACAAUCAACCGACAAUGUUCAUCUGGUCUGGCUGCCAUCUCGACCAUUGGUAACAGUAUUCGGGCGGGGGCUCUCAACGUCGGUGUCGGUGGAGGAAUGGAAUCUAUGACUCGGAAUUACGGUUCCCGCGCUAUCCCUACCGUCCUGUGGCCCGAGCUUAAGGAAUCGCCCUCGAAGGACUCGAGGGACUGCAUCAUGCCCAUGGGUAUCACCUCCGAGAACGUUGCAUCUCGAUACGGUAUCAGCAGGGAAGAUCAGGACGUGUUCGCCGCCAAUUCGCACAAGAAGGCUGCGGCUGCGCAAGAGGCUGGAUUGUUUGACUCGGAGAUUGUUCCCGUUAAGACUCUAUCCUACGACGCCCAGAACCCCGAUACGCCGCCCACAGAGAUUACCGUAACUAAGGAUGACGGUGUUCGCGCCAACAUCUCUGUUGAGAAGAUGGCCUCUUUGAAGCCGGCCUUCUCUGCAACGGGUUCCAGUACUGCCGGAAACAGCUCCCAGGUCAGCGAUGGUGCUGCCGCUGCUCUCUUGAUGCGCCGAUCUACCGCAACAGAGCUUGGCCUGACUUCGUCCAUCAAGGCCCGCUGGGUUGGCACUGCCGUCGCCGGUUGUGCCCCUGAUGAGAUGGGUGUGGGCCCCGCAGUCGCCAUCCCCAAGCUCCUCCAAAUGCUCGACGUGAAUGUUUCGGACGUUGGCAUUUGGGAGCUCAACGAGGCUUUUGCCUCUCAGGCUCUCUACUGUGCUCGCAAAUUGGGCAUUGAUGAGGCCAAGAUUAACCCCAAGGGUGGUGCCAUUGCCAUCGGUCACCCUCUUGGUGCCACUGGAGCUAGACAGCUUGCGACCCUGCUGCCUGAGCUGGAGCGCACUGGCCAGGAAGUUGGUGUCAUUAGCAUGUGUAUCGGAACUGGCAUGGGUAUGGCCGGCAUCGUUGCAAGUAACAGGCAAGAUCUCAACAUCGCAACCAUGCGUUCUUCUAUGCGACUGUUGAACGUGGAGGUAGCCACUCACCUCCAAGGAUCCCGAACUCGAUAUGUUUGCUCGACUUGCAGACAAGAAGCGCGCCCCCGGCCCUUCGUCGCUCGUCAAUUUCUUCGCCAUGCUUCCGACAACAACACCCCGAUCACCGAACGCGUGCGCCGAAAGCUCUGGGGUACCGACAACCCGCCCGGUCUGAAAGAUCCCUACGGCGGCGAAGGUGUUUUUGAGAAGAAGUUCGGGAAGGGCAGCCUGGCGCAGAAGCAGGGAGGUGCGCCGGGGAGUGACGAGGGCGCGGCCGAGAACCAAGCCGCUACCGCGGAGGGUGGAGAUGUAGCUGAGGAAGCUAUUGAUGGCGAAUAUUUGCCUGCAACAACUUGGGAAGGUCUUGAUCGUAUUGGACACCUAGGGAGGUGGAAUGAUCUUCCUCCGAACCCCGAGGAUGCGUUCACUUCCUUUUCUUCCAACCGCCGUCUCACCAAGCCCGGCCACUUGGCCCUGGCUGCUCAUCAAACCGCAGUUGAAUUGUGCAUAAUGCGCACCCUCAACAAGCCCCUCGCCAGCAUCUGCGAAGUCGUCGAACACGAGAAGCCCGUCUUCAAACUGAUCUAUAACUGCAAGAUCCAGCCAAAUUCGGCAUGGGAUUCGGCCCUGGAGUACCCGGAUAAGGAGACGGAGGAUGCGCUCGUCUUCAUUUUCAAGCAAAUUGGAGCUCAGGAUGCCGAACAAACCGCCGAGGCUUCUGGGAACGCUGCGUCGGAAGAGUAUGAGGAUGCUCCGGCAGUCAAGAAACCCUUCUUCUUCGGGUACCAAGAUGUCAAGGAUAAGGGCUUCUCGACCCUGUCAUUGUCCGAUCCGGCGACGAAGUUCGCUUUCCUGAAGCGAUUCUCCCAACUCUCCGGCCACUACUUCCCCGACCCUACCAUCGAGUCGAUUACCUCCGUUAAGCAGGUCCUAGGUCACAUCCUGAAGGAGACGGCACCUAAGCCCAAGAAGCUUGCAGAAUAUCUCCUAGCCAAUGACACCCUCCAGACCUUACCUAACGUCAAAAUUUUCGCAAAGAGGCAGAAACCUUGGCACAAGGAUGAGGAGCUGGGGCGGAAGAAGCUCAUUGAUCGUGAGCUCCGCAGGAGGGGUCUUGUUGAGUGA